ACGACUCCACACACCUGAAAUCUUUCACCAAAAGCAUGCUUCAAAAAAAAAAAUAAAUAACAACUUCUGAAAAAAAGAAAGAAAUAAAAGACGUAGCAACUGAUAAUUUCAAGUUUUCAACAGAUUUCACUACUUGAUAUUCGAAUCAAGUCGUAGGCCAGAGUAAUCACAGUUGAGAGGAAUCCAGGAUAAUUUUCAUUGUUUUGGCACAGAAAUCCAGGCGUGUUUAGGGUUCCUCGUUUAUGUCUUCUCCACCGUAAAAGGAAGCAGCAGGAGGAUUGAUGGGGAUUCGGUUUCUGUUCUGGGCGUUGAUAUGUGCGACUGCAUCUCUCCUUUUGAAUUUCUUGUCAGCUAUCAUCAAAGGAAGGAUUAACAGGAAAAAAUCUGUCGGUUUUUUCCACCCUUACACUAAUGAUGGUGGAGGUGGAGAGAGGGUACUGUGGUGUGCCGUGAAAGCAUUCCAAGAAGUGAACAGUAAUCUUGAUUGCAUUAUUUACACUGGUGACCAUGAUGCUUCUCCUGAAAGCUUGUUAACUCGAGCAAUAGAUCGUUUUGGUGUCAAGCUCCUUCACCCACCUCAGGUGGUUCAUUUGUAUAAAAGAAAGUGGAUUGAGGAAGGAACGUACCCACGCUUCACCAUGGUUGGGCAAAGCUUUGGUUCAGUUUAUCUGUGUUGGGAAGCUCUGUGUAAACAUACUCCCCUAGUUUAUAUUGAUACUAGUGGUUAUGCUUUUACUUAUCCACUUGCGAGGGUGUUUGGGUGCAAAGUUCUAUGUUACACACAUUAUCCUACAAUCAGUUCAGAUAUGGUUUCAAGAGUCCGACAACGGGAUCCAAUGUAUAAUAAUGACCCUCUGAUUGCAAAGAGCAUUUGGCUAUCCCGUUGCAAAGUCAUCUACUAUACGCUCUUUAGCUGGAUGUACGGGUUUGUCGGUUCAUGCGCUCACCUAGCAGUGGUCAACUCCUCAUGGACGCAAGCUCAUAUAGUGAAACUAUGGGGCAUUCCGAGACAUACAAAGAGAAUUUAUCCCCCUUGUGAUACUAAAGGCCUUCAGGAACUUUCACUGGAAAGAUCUAUCAAUACACCAACAAUCAUAUCUGUUGCGCAAUUUCGUCCUGAGAAGGCCCAUACCCUUCAACUGGAGGCAUUUUCUGUUGCUAUAAAAAAGCUAGGUCCAGGGUCACCUAGACCCAAGCUCCAAUUUGUGGGCAGCUGUAGAAAUCAGGAGGAUGAACAGAGAUUACAGAAAUUGAAAGAAAAAGCUAUUGAAUUGAAUGUGGAAAAGGAUGUUGAAUUCUAUAGGAAUUUGUUGUACAGGGAUUUAGUGAGACUUCUGGGAGGUGCAAUUGCAGGGAUCCACUCCAUGGUAGAUGAGCAUUUUGGCAUAAGCAUCGUAGAGUACAUGGCUGCCGGUGCAAUCCCUAUUGCUCAUAAUUCAGCAGGUCCAAAGAUGGACAUCGUUUUAGAAGAACAAGGGCAACGGACGGGAUUUCUUGCUCAGAAUUUGGAAGAAUAUGCAGAUGCGAUUCUUCAGCUGCUAGAGAUGUCAGAUGCCGAAAGGCUUGAGAUGGCUGACGCGGCCAGAAGACGUUCUAGGCGAUUCUCAGAGGAAAGAUUUUAUGAUGACUUCAAGGCUGCAAUUUCACCAGUUCUAUCUCAUUCUUCCCUCUGAAUAGAUAUCCUUUUGGACAGUCUAAGCUAAUAGGAGCACAAACAGUACCACUGGUUAUUCAAAGUUAUAGCGAAUAUUAGAAAUGGCUAUAUAGGAACACAAUUCUUCAGAAUUUGUGUUCAGCAAUUUAAAGCUGACAGGAUAUCUUCAAUCUAGAAGUUUUGUUUUAUAAGAUAGUAACUAGAUAUACAAGCCAAUUUCGACGUUGAUCUAGGCGGUCUUGUUUUGAAAUUGGCAAAAGUUACAAGUUCAGGAUACUGGUUAGUUUAGAACAACAAUGUACUCUUUUUCACCCCCUCUAGGAAUGCUUCUGCUUAUUUGCUGUAUGCCGAUCUUUGGGUUAUAGAUUUGUACAUAAUGAGAGAUCAUUCUUUUUUA